GGGGGCCCCAAAACCCCCCGAGCUCAUUGGGGGGGCCCCACCACUCGUCCCCAUCCUGCCCUUAGCCCUGGUGACGGUGACAGUCCCUUCUCCAGCCCCCCCGGGGCCACCGAGGUCUCGAUGCCGCAGGUUUGGGGUCCCUCUGCCCGGCUUUGGGGCACCCCCAGGGCCUGCAGCCCCUCUGUGUCCCCCCAGACGCUGCUGGUGGAGUUCUAUAAGGGGGCUCCCGACCUGGUGAAGUUCCAGGAGCUGUGGAGUCAGGAUCAGACCUACUUGGACAAGCUGAAGGGCUCCCUGGCCUCCCGCACCCCCAAAGACCAGAGCUUCGCCCACGUCCUGGAGCAGAUCUUCAGCCUCCUCAAGCUCAGCGGGUGAGGGCCCGGGGCCCCUCGACACAGACCAGGAUCCUCCCGCAGCCCGGGCGGGGCUCGGCAGCCCCGGGGCUCCCCGGACCCGGCGUGGGGCAGCUCCCGCAGCUCCUGUGGUUCCUGCGGCUCCUGCAGCUCUCACAGCUCCUGCAGCUCCUGCGGCUCCUGCAGCUCCUGUGGUUCCUGCGGCUCCUGCAGCUCCUGCGGCUCCUGCGGCUCCUGCGGCUCCUGCAGCUCCCGCAGUACCUGCGGCUCUCACAGCUCCUGCAGCUCCCACAGCUCUUGUGUCUCCUGCAGCUCUCACAGCUCCUGCACUUCCCGCAGCUCCCGCAGUUCCCGCAGCUCCUGUGGCUCCUGCAGCUCCUGCAGCUCUCACAGCUCCUGCGGUUCCUGCAGCUCCUGUGGCUCCUGCAGCUCCCACAGCUCCCGCAGCUCUCAGAGCUCCCGCAGCUCCACCGGCCCCGCGCUGCCCCGGGGGCGGCCGUGCAGGUGGGGCAGUCUCUGGGUCAGUGGUUUGUGGAAGUGGCAGUCCGAUUAAAGAGCAGUUCCUGAGGUG